AUGACGCAGCACUGUCGUACCAAAGCUCAGCAGGUUCUGAGAUGCGCCUUCCUGGGUUGGAUGGCGCUUAUCAUCUGCUUUGCUACCCACGCUGCCGGUCAAGUCUCGGAUGCGCAGUCUGGUGUGUCUGGACCGAGGCGUCAGCCAUCACCUGCCCCCAUACCUGCCGACAGGAGCGGCUGGUACGACAUCCGACUGCGUGACCGAGAGCUUGCACAGCGCCUCGCAGCAGAAAGGCACGGGGCAGGAUUCGAGAUCGGUGGCCUUGUCCAGCACCGAAUCCUGGAGCCCGUCUACGGCCAGAGCCUGCCUGCCAUCUCUGAAAAGGCGAACAAGUACUUCCACGAGCCCGGGGUCAAGUUCUCGAUGGAUCGUGUCAAGCCCAACAUGUACCACCUGAUGACGCCUGCCCCCGUCAACAAGGAGUGGUUUAGGCUCAUGCAGAUCGAGUACACGCCGGAGGCCAUGAAGAGGCCCCCGAUGCUGGUGUACCAAAUCUUCCGCGACACCGAAAGGAACGGAUUCCAGUACCGCCUGCUCGGUGUCGAGCGUGUGCAGGACAAGACCGAUCCGUUCUACUUCCUUCGCGGCUGGAUGGGAAGCAGCGGCGUCCAUCCUCUCGAAGACAUCACCAAGGAUCUGCGCCAGCUGCACUGA